CUCUUACUGCAGCGGGGAGCCCGGGGGCCGGGCAGCCCCGCAGCCCUCCCCACACCGCGGGAGGGUAAAGCGGCCCGCCCGGCGAGCCUGCUGGCUGCCCGCUCGGUACCUGUCUCGCUCCUUGCUCUGUUUCCUCCUCGCCGUCCGCCCUGUCUUUCUGCCCCGGGAUGCCGCCCAACCUCACCGGCUAUUACCGCUUCGUCUCCCAGGAGAACAUGGACAAUUACCUGCGCGCUUUAGAUAUCAAUGUGAUCUUGCGAAAAGUGGUUUGCCUUUUGAAGCCCGAUAAAGAGAUUAUCCACACGGGGGAUCACAUGGUCAUCCGCACGAUCACUUCCCUGCGAGACUAUGUUAUGGAUUUUGACCUGGGAGUCCAGUUCGAGGAAGACCUGGGACCUGUGGAUGGACGCAAGUGCCAGACAACUGUCUCCUGGGAGGGGGAUCAGCUGGUGUGUGAGCAGCUGGGAGAGAAGAGGAACCGAGGAUGGAGGCACUGGCUGGAGGGGGACCAGCUGCAUCUGCGCAUGACCGCUGAAGACGAGGUGUGUGUCCAGGUUUUCCAGAAGGUGAAGUGAGCGCUCCGCCGAGGGAUGCCCCGCAUUGACAAAACAAACAAAGCCCGAGGGAGCCAAGCUCCCC